AUGACGCCGCGGGCGGAGGCGCUCACCGUACAGCAACUGUCAGUGUCGGACGGCUAUCAAAGGAGAAUGUCCCGCUACGUCGAAACGUCCAACAGCUCGCGGAUGAACUCGAUGGACGAGGACGCCAUGCUCUGCCACUACAUGAUGCCGAGCCACUCGCCGAGCCGGCCGCGCCAGAACUCGCUGAUGGUGCCCAUCACCAGUCAGCUGACUGCGGCGCGCAAGGUCAAGUCCGCCGUCGACCUGGUGUCGCUGGUGAUCGCCGAGCAGCGCGAGCAGCGCGAGAGUCUCUCGGGCGGUGUUCACCAGACCAAUGUGUGAUGCGAGGCUCUCGGGCGGCCGUCACCAGACCAACGUGCGAUAAGUCUCUCGGGCGGCGUUCACCAAACCAACGUGUGACCGACCAGCAUCAGACGCGACUCUGUUACGGUCCGAACAUCACACGCCCCGGGUGAGGCCAGCAGCAUCGUGUGGGCUGAAAUGCACCCUGGACUGCCGCGGUGGUAACCGACCCACGGCGCGCGCUGGGAAGCGUGAGCGCGUCGGCCCUUCAGCGAACCCCUUCGAGGGUUCGUGCCAUCGCGGAAUAUAACGCACAGAGCGACCACGGCCACCGGGUCACGGUCACGUGGUGAUGGGGCGACCAUGUGAGGAGACUGCCACCGGGAACAUCGCUGUCCCGAAUGUUGUGGUGACGCUAAUAUGUAGGCGCUCUGUGCCAUAGUUCUGCCCACGAGGCAGAACACUGCUGUAUUGGAUCGCUACUAUCCGUGUACCAUAAGAGUAGCUUAGCGCGGCCCGUGAUGCUUGCCCGGUCUGUGGAUUGCUUUUGGAGACUAUAGCACUCUAUUCGCACCAAGCUGAUGAACUUGCAAUAGUACCUCCUGCCGAGGGUAGCCUAUACUAAGCUGCUUCCGCCGACACGUCUGCAGCUGCCGUGAUUACGUUUGUGUGCUGUCCAUCUUCUGUCGGCAUGUCUCAUGCGUCAGCAGCCAGCUCUGUCAGUGUUGCGGCCGCUGACUGCGGAGGGGAGGUGUCGGUCUUUGGCCAGUGGGGUCAGCUGGUCCGCGGCUGGGGGUGUCAUGCCGCUCUCUUCCAUGUGUAUCAUAAUCAAAUGGGGCACGUAGGGGGUGGCGGGCCGCGCGGUGAUUGCUUGCACGGGAUGAGUGAAUGGGUGCGAGGAAAGGGGAAGCAGAGAGUGAAAUUGUGUGUGUGAGGGAGAGGGA